ACAGCUGUUUGGAAAUAAAUUUAUGUUGUGAUUUUUCUUUUCGGUAUUAGGCAGAUUUUAUUUAUGCAAAGGCAAUGGGUAAGAAAUACUACUGCGAUUAUUGUCAGAAACACAUCCAACGAGAUCCGGAUAUCGUGCGGAAACACAAUGAAGGAAUUCCACACAUUCGCAAUCGGGCUGCUCAUUACGAGCGAUGUAAAGAUGUCUCGGAGCUACUAGCGGAAAAUUUCGGAAAGAAACCCUGUCGAACAUUGAUCUCCUUUGACGAGUGCACGUUCGGUGCUUCCUGUCGUUACAGUCACGUCAAACCUAAAGAGCUGAAACGACUUCAGCAAAAAGUCCAACGCCUCCAUUGCCAAAGAACCAUGCGGCUCGCCGACACGAUCGAGAAACUCAACUCUGCUGAAAUGAUCACGCAGAAAUUUCUCAACAAACGAGCCGAAAAGCAUGCCAAGGAGGCUAUCGAGUGCAAACAGUUCUGGACCUACGAGACGGAAGAUCAACUCGAUCUACCUCCAUCACUGCAGGAAAUCAACCCAUCUCGAAUAGAUUCCAGCAGCCUUGCCGAAUGGGGGUGAUAUAUGCAUUGAAAGUU